UCGUUCAUUCGCGUUAUGCCGCCGCCGCUUCAAGGGUCUGUCGUCGCCGCUGAUGUCACCGAAAGGAGGAGAGCGACCACCACGAGGAGCCACCGCCGUCCUUUCUCAUCAUCUCCCUUGGAGCAGUCACCGUCGAGGGGCCAGCAGAGAGAGAGAACGAAUGCGAGAGUCAAGGUCACCACCGAGAAGAAGAGCUGUGUUCUACGCCGCUAUCGCCAUCGAUCCACGGCCAUCACCGCAAGGGUUCCGUCGCUGUCAUUCCAGUGCCAUCGUUUGUGUCCUUCAUUGCCAUCGCCUUACCGGAGUCUCUGUCGCCGUGGAUACUACCAUUGGAGUCGCUAGGAACCAAUGUUGGAGCUGCUCUUGAUGAUUCUGAUGCUGCAACGUAGGUUCCGAGCUGCUAUAUUAUUGCC